AGGCGGGAGGGUGGUACCUACAGCAGCACCCAGAAGGAUGGUUCGUCGGUGUCUCAGGUCCUCCUCCACCACACCCACUUCACCGCCAGCUAUUAAACCUAUUCUCAGCCCCGUCACUCCUCAGAAACCCAUGCGUCACUCCACCAGAGUGCGAACCCACGACGGCAGUGGGCUGACCAUCCGCAUCCCCCGGCAGCAGAGUGACCGUAGUCACCACCCACUGGUCACCCCCGACGCCCACCACCCACUAGUGUCUCCAAACGCCCACGCCCGUUCCCCCGUCAUCAAGUCCAAGAGCCUCACCACGAGCAUGGAUAAGCUCACCUCCUCACAGCAGGUCCAGCAGCAGCAGGCCCAGCAACAGCAAGCCCAGCAGCAGCAGGGAAGCGGUGGUUCCUCCCGGGAAUCAUCUCGUCCAUGUUCUCGUGGCUCUACACCGUCCAGCACCAGGUCUUCUACCACGCCUUCACGACGACCACCCAGGCCUUCACGUUCCCCAGACCCUGACACUCCUGAUAGUGACGAGCGGUGCGGCAAGACUAACUCUCCCUGUGGCAGUGAAAUCUCCCUUCACUCGGCCAAGUCGGCAGCCUCGGCCAAAUCCAGUGCUUCGGCGAAAUCCAGCCUGUCUGCCAAGUCUAAUGCCUCGACCGUAUCUAACCUGUCGGCCAAGUCUAGUGCCUCGGCCAAGUCUGCUGGCUCGGCCAAAUCCGAUUCCUCGGCUAAAUCGAAGGAGCCUAUGGCCAGGUCCAUGCGCAAGUCACCCAGCACUUCCCCAGGCUGCUCCAAGCACCCGGUCAAGAGUGCCGUGGCUAAGAGCACCAAGGCCAAGUCCCCAGUGCCUACCCACAGUGCCAGCAGCAGCGCCCACAUACCCUCACACACCAUGAAUCGACGACGCAGUACCUUAUCCUCAGGGUCGUCUGCCUCCAGUGCUGAUACUGCUCUUUAUAAUGGGAUGGCAAAUGGAGAGCAGUACAAUUCCUCCUCCAGGCGGACAACUCCUCCUCGGCAGACACCCCCUCGUAGCUCUGGCACCCCAUCUGGAGCAAACACUCCUAGGCACAUGCCGACUAAGAAGUCUCUCCCAGUGUUCAACUCCUACAUGAGUCUUUUCCAAGUGCAGGAGAAACUCAAGAAAGGAGAAGUUAUUGAGGGGGUGUUGAGAAUCAACCCGAAAAACUAUGAAGAUGCGUAUAUCAGCGCGCCGGACGGGGGGAUGGACAUCUAUAUUGGCGGGGUACUUGACCGCAACGCUGCCCUGCACGGGGAUGUGGUCGCAGUGGAAAUUAAACCCCCCGACCAGUGGAAGGUGCUCUAUGAUAUAUUAGAUGAAUACAUAGAAAACCAUAAAGAAAAAAAAAGUGUAUAUAGAUUGCUGGAGUCCAAUAUAACUGCUUCAGUUGCCAACAUUGCUUCUUCAUAUAACCCUUAUCUAUUAACACUAAUGUCAAGCAUUUCAAUAAAAAGAAAAAGGGAGAGUCGUUGGAAAAAACUAAUACAGAAAUAAAAAGUAGCCAAAGCUGAAGAUCAUCUUGAACAGUGUGAUAGUGAUGUAGUGGUGGAAGGGGAAAUGGAAAAUUAUGAAGUUCCACCCAACUCGGCCAAGGCAGUAAGAAAGAAGAAAAGAAGAGGAGGACGAGGAAAAAAGAAAGGGAGAAAGAAAUCAGUUAAGGAACAGGGUGGAUCAGAUUCAGAAACUCAAGACACGCAGAGCAAGAAUGCAAUUGUACCUGAAGAGGCUAAGGAACAAGAAUUGGAUAAUACCACCUUGGAAGUGGUGGUUGAAUUGCAUAAUCAGGAUAUUCAUAUUGCUGAUGAAAUUUUAAUUUUACCAUCAAAACAAGAUCUCAGUGGUUUAAGUCACUGUGAUUCAGAUGAAGACAAUGCAAAAGUAAUUGUUGUUCCUCCAGAUCAACUUAGUGAGUGCGAGUUAACAGAUGACGAGAGCGGAUGUAGCGAAAUCCUUGAUUAUGAUCGGAAUCGGGAAGAUCAAAGUUUUAUACAAGCCCAGUGGGAAGCUUUUCAAGAAGAAAUAAGAAAACAAAAUGACUGUCACCAAGAUGUUUGUUCUAGUGAUAAGUAUCAGGUAGUUGCUGUACCAAGUGAUGCCAAGCAGUUGAACAUUCCCUUUGGAGCAACUGAUAUAAAGAAAAUCAGUAGCAUUGAUCAGUUGGGUUUCAUAAAGCAGGAAGGUGUAAAUGUUGAUCAUGAAUCAAAAAGUGAUUCAGUUAGGUUAAAGGUGGAGGAGGUGUCGAGUGCCAAUGUUGUAAAUAGUGUGAACAAAGAUGGUCAUUAUAUAAGUACUGUGAAUACAAUGGAAGUUUAUAAUUUAAACACACAGUCUCUGCAGGGUGAUAUAACCUUUGAAGAAAAAUCAUGUAAGACUGAAAAAAGUGGGGUUAAUCAUGAAAAAGGUACCAGUGAUCGGGAAAUAUGUGAACAGCUGGAUAAUUUAACAUUAAAUGAUUGCUGUGAAGAAAUGAAGGAUUCCAAGAAUUUUAAAUCACGUGACCAAAAGAAGAAAGCUGGGGGUAAAAGGAAUAAAUCUGUUUCAGAGAAACUUUUGUCUUCUUUACCAAAUAACACUCUGGGAACACCAAGCAGUAUUUCAAGUGUAGAGGCUGGCUCUGCUUCACUGAAAUCCUGUGACCAUGUAAGCUGCAAAAAGGAGCAUACAGCUGGAGAUUACCCUGAACAGAAGUGCUGCAAAAAAAUGACGUGUGACUUUACAAACAACCAAAGCAUGCCUGUUGGGUUAAGUCAUAAAAGGGAAAAGCAGUCUAGUGAAAAUAAUUCUUGCAAAUUUACUAAUAAACUCAUAGACGACAAUAAAAAUACACAAAAAAGCAAAGAAAACUCUGGGAAGAAAAUCUUAGCUGGUCAGACUAAUAUACAAAUUUCAGAAAAAUUGGAUUGUAAGGAACUAUCUAUUCUGCAAAUUCAGCAACUUGAUAAGUGGGAGAAAUUUGUUCAACGGACAGCCCAUGUGGUUCAUAUACUGGACAGAAAGCAUACACGAAUGGGGGCAGGCACUUUAAAGCUCUUUGGUGACAAGAACCCAAACUUUGCUUUUUUUGCACCUAAUGACCAUCGUCUUCCACGCAUGAAGAUACCCAUGAGACAGUGCCCAUCAGACUUUUUUGCCAGACAUCAAGAUUAUGAAAAGAGAAUUUUCUUGUGUAAGAUUGCUCAAUGGAGGGAGCCUAAAUUUGCAUUAGGGGAAUUAGUACGAGAUGUAGGUGCUGUUGGAGAUGUUGAGGUUGAAACAGAAGCUAUGCUACUUGAACAUGGAAUUGAUUACGCAGAAUUCCCAGACACGGUGUUACAAGACCUUCCAUCCUUGCCUUGGUCUAUCCCUCUGCAAGAAAUGAAAGCUCGCACAGACCUGAGGGAUGAGUGCAUCUUCACCAUCGACCCUUCUACUGCAAGGGAUCUUGAUGAUGCAGUGUCUUGUCUGCCGCUACCAUCAGGGAACUACCGAGUGGGAGUCCACAUUGCUGAUGUUAGCUACUUCAUACAUGAGGGAACACUUCUGGAUGAAGUUGCAUCCAGUCGAGCUACCAGUAUCUACCUCGUUCAAAAAGUAAUUCCCAUGUUACCACGGGUCCUCUGUGAGCAUCUAUGCUCAUUAAACCCAGGAGAAGAUCGCCUGGCAUUCUCAGUUGUAUGGGAGCUAAGUCCAAGUGGUGAAGUGCUUGGUGAAUGGUUUGGCCGCACUGUUAUUCGAUCAUGUGUAAAGUUGUCUUAUGAGCAUGCACAAAGUAUGAUUGAAAACCCAGAUAGAGAAUGGUCAGAUGAGGAGAUUCCACAAAUUACUGGACCCUAUUCUAGUUGUGAUAUUAGCAAAGCGGUCAAUAAUCUUCACACUAUAGCAGUAAAGCUUAGGAAAAAAAGGUUCCAGGAUGGUGCCUUACAAUUAAAUCAGGUUAAAAUUGCCUUUAAUCUUGAUAAUGAAACAAAUAUGCCAAAUGGUUUCUAUGUGUAUGAGCAAAAAGAUAGUAAUAAAUUAAUAGAGGAAUUUAUGUUGCUUGCAAACAUGGCAGUUGCUCACAAGAUAUACAAGUCCUUUCCUAACCUUGCUGUGUUGAGACGUCACCCUUCUCCUCUCGAGAAUCCCUUGGAAGGUGCUGCUCAUGCUUUGAAGGCAGUAGGUAUAAACUUGGAUAUAUCUAGUGCUGGGGCACUCAAUAAGUCAAUUACACGUUAUGCUGGCAAUGAUAAAUAUACCAUUGGAAGACUUCAAGUUAUUACGUCUAUGUGCAGUAAGCCCAUGCAGUUUGCUCGGUACUUUUGUUCAGGGUAUUUGACAGACAAGUUAGAGUACAAGCAUUAUGCACUGAAUGUACCUCUCUACACUCACUUCACAUCUCCAAUUCGUCGUUAUGCUGAUCUGAUGGUUCACCGGCUUCUUGCUGCUGCUGUAGAUUCAGAUAGAUAUGGGCCACCAUCACGAGAUUCAAGGACAGUUCAGAAGGUAGCUGAACAUUGUAAUGAUAAAAAACAAACAUCAAAGAUUUUGCAAGAAUUAAGUGGUGAACUUUACUUAUCUCUCUUUAUCAGACAAGUAAAAGAAAUGGAGGAAGAGGGGAUGGUAGUCAUGGUUUUAGAUCGAGCUUUUGAUGUUCUUGUACUUCAGCUGGGGGUCAUUAAAAGAGUGUAUACUGAUAAACUUCCUCUUGAUAAAGUGCUGUAUACAAAAAGUAAUGGAAUUAUGUUUUUAGUCCUGAUUUGGAAAGCUGAAAAAGAUUGUAUUCCUAUAAAGCAAAAGAUUGGUUUGUUCAGUCAUGUGAGGGUCUCUCUCCAGCCUGUGGAAAAUGAUGCACUAAAGUUUCAAGCUGUUCUUUUGUGUCCCACAUAAAUUCUUGACUUUUUUUUUUUUUUCUCUGGUUUACAGUGAUGAGUUUGAGGUCCGUCCGUCUGUCUUAAAAUUUGUGACUAAUCUUUGUUUUUUAUUCAUGUGACUGGGCCUGAUUUUUGGCCGAUACCCAGUUUAGUUUCAGCAUAUGGCAAGUUGUGUUAUAUAUAGACUAAUUUCAUUUUAGUUAUUUUGUAAUGCACAUUUGGUUUAGAAUGUUAAUAAAAAUAUCAAUGUUUUUAUUCUAUUAGGUAGAUAUUGAUUUCUUAUGGGAUAAGAAAUUCCUUAAUAUCUUAAACAUUUUGAUCAGCUAUUCCCUCCCUCAUAUACUUGUACCUGAUAUGAAAAAUUAUUUGGAUACUUCAUAUGGAUUUUUUAAGAUGGCUUUUGUGUUCAGCGAUAGAUCACUUGGUGUAGGGGUUUUAUCACCCUGUCUGGAUUACUGUUUUCAGCACAAUGUAUUGUUCAGGCAGAGAGAGCUUUUAAAGGAGGAAACUUAAUAUAAAAUAUUUUAAAAGUUUAACAUGAUAAAUGUACAUAAAACUUUAAACAAUAUGAUUUUAAUAUCAAGACUAUAUUCUCUGCUUCGGCUAACUUGAUCAGAUGGUACUUGUCUACCUCAGGUAAAAUUGAGGAAUACUAUAUAUUUUGCAUUUAUCUCUUGUUAUUCUACCACAAUUUGCUAAAGGUACUGUGUUACUAUUAAGAGGUUUGUGGAUAUACAUUUUAUGGUAUUAGUUGACAUUUUGUUUCUUAGAGACCUAUGAAGUGUUUUGUAUGAAAUUCAUCUGACACCUUUUAAUAUUUUAUUUGUUUUGGACUCUACAUAAAACUAAAAUGUGAUAAUGCAGUUUUUUAAAAAAUAAAAUGGUCAUAUCA